CAGUAAAGUACCCAUUAGGUGCACAAAUUUUCCCAGCUUACCUCUGCAAAUCUCAAUUUUAUCCUUCUGACGAGCACCAAUUUUCCUUCUGACUCACUAUUUCACUCCAUCACCCACCAAUGCUUUCCACUUUACAUACUUUUAUAAAUUCAUAAACCCUAAGAAAUUCCUCAUAAAGAGCCCUUUUUUUUUUUGUUUCGUUUGAUUUUCGGUGUAAUUUUAUUUUGUUAUUAUGUAUAGAUCGGGAGCUGUAAUGGCAUGGAACGUAUUCAGAUUUUGUACGGCCUUACGAGGGCUUGGUUCGAUCAUGAUCCUUUUGGUUAUGGGAGUUGUGGGAGUUACUUAUUACGCCGUCGUUUUGACUAAUUAUGGGCCGUCCCUUGCUAGCAGUGGCGGUCUCCUUGAUGCCCUCAUCGCUUUUUUAGUACUCAUCAUAUUCCAUUGUCUGUUGUUGAUGCUUCUGUGGUGUUAUUUCUCGGUUGUUUUUACUGAUCCUGGUAGUGUGCCUCCAAAUUGGAGGCCGGAAUUGGAUGAAGAAAGAGGGGAAGCUGACCCGUUAACUGCAUCAGAAUUUGGGGCUUCGCCUGCUGACUCAGGGAAUCCAAGAAUACGUUUUUGUAGAAAGUGCAACCAAUUAAAACCGCCUCGGUGCCAUCACUGUUCUGUUUGUGGAAGGUGUGUGCUAAAGAUGGAUCAUCAUUGUGUGUGGGUUGUCAACUGUGUUGGAGCAUUAAACUACAAGUAUUUCCUUCUCUUCCUGUUCUACACAUUCCUGGAAACCACUGUUGUGACUUUAUCAUUAUUGCCACAAUUUAUUGCUUUCUUUAGUGAUGGAGAGAUACCUGGGACUCCGGGCACCCUCGCAACCACAUUUCUUGCUUUUGUCUUGAACCUUGCAUUUGCUUUGAGUGUUCUGGGAUUUCUAAUUAUGCACAUAUCUUUGGUGGCCGGUAAUACCACAACUAUUGAGGCAUAUGAGAAGAAGACCACUCCAAAAUGGCGUUAUGAUCUUGGUCGGAAGAGGAACUUUGAACAGGUGUUUGGUAUGGACAAGCGAUAUUGGUUCAUUCCAGCUUACUCUGAAGAAGAUUUAAGACGGAUACCUGCUCUUCAUGGUUUUGAAUACCCAUCAAAACCUGACCUUGAUGCCCAAGAAUAAUAGGGGAUGUGCAUGCCAAACUGAAGUUUCCUUCUUUGUAAGAAAAUAUAGAGGUCUCAGGCUUUCAACUGAUCAACCGGCUUAACUAAAUGGAACUGGACCUUUGCAUCUUCUCAAAUUAUGCAGAGCAACAUCACAAGAUUAUAACAGGGUCUGAGCAGAUGAACAACCUACAGAUUGGAGCUAAGGCUGGGGGAAGAUGAUGCGAUGAUAUGUCCAUUUCAUGAUUUAGAUAUUUAUGUGAUUAUGAUUCUGUAACAUAAAAUAUGCUGAUUUUUCGCGUCUCACAACAAUGUUGUAAUUGAUUACUUGAUAAGAAAUGCAGAUUAAAUUUCUGAACGCAAA